CACACUUUCACCACGAAUGGCAUCGGAUGUGCUGACAGCGUCGCCGCGGCGCUCAUCGUCACCGUUGCAGCACCUAGGGCCCUCUUUGAGUCUAAGAGCGCCUUCCACUGUCUCUCCGAAGAGCAGUCGAAAGAGUUUCAUAUCGGUCUCGGAUAACCCGCGGUCAAGUAUCGUGUCCACUUCUGCGGCUUCAUACGCUACUGCUAUUCUCGACGGUGCCCCAUCUGCAUCAAUGAGCGAAAAUACGGCAUCUGCUUUGCAUAUUUUCACCAAAGCCACCCCACCAGGACAAACGGUUGUUGUGACAUCGGACAGCUCUGUGGAUAAGGAAACUUCGGGCGCAGGCAUUGCGGCCCCUGCGACGACAAAUGUUCCAAAUGGGAAGGAAAUUCCUGAUGAUCGGCCCAAAAAUAUCCAUACAAGGACUGCCACAAUCCUCCCUAACGGGUAUCUUGCACCACCUUCACCACCGUCAUCUGAAAGUUUGAAUGAGGAACAUGGACCGGUGCUUGGUCUUCAGUUGACCGAAGAGCCCCCUUCAACGGGUGAUGCUAUUGCUGCGGUAGAAGGGACGUCCCAGGUGAGGGAGGUCACCCAGCCACCUCCAGUCUCUUAUCCUGGCCGACCUCGGGUAGCGAUGGGAAUGCGCUCCCAUACUGCUGCCGAUUUUCGAAGACAAGAUGAUCAGAUGUCGUUGGACUCGUCAUAUUCGGCGAAUGGCUAUGCGAUACAAAACCAGGACAAGACAUCCGUAAAUGCUUCCUCACCGAGAACGAACAACGGUUCUACCUAUACUAUCACGGCGUCACCAUCAUCCAGUCCGGAGAAAGGUACUAAUCAAGAUUAUGGUCGUGCCUCUAUGUCCUCUGUCGCAACCCAACGUCCAGUUCAUAACUCCUCCCUGUCUGUUGUCGAUCCAUCAAAUCUCCUUCAUCCCCUGAGUGCGGUUGCAUCUCCCAUGAGAGCCCUUCGUCGCAAUACUACUGACUCUUCAUUUCGGCCUCGUCAUCGUAAGGCACGGUCGCUGAACCUCGACUUCAUGAAGGGCGCAGAUGCCACGGGUGCAGGGGAUCUUUCUACGCAAUCCACGUCUGCAUUUACACCCGCGAUUCUGGAUCCGGAUAUUCUUAGAGAAGCUGAGCAGAUUCGGAGAGAGCGGACUUCGAAACGAACGAAAGCUCAAGACGGCGGCGUCAGCGUCGCCCAUCCUUCGACCAUGGGGGUCGCAACUGCAGCGACAGCCUUCCCGCAUACUGCGCCUCCCCCGAAAGGCAGGGACGAGGAGGAUCACAAGCCUCUGGUUGGGAACUUGAUCGGAGAAGAUCAUGCCAAUUACAUUUUGAUGUACAACAUGUUAACAGGGAUUCGCAUUGGCAUAAGACGACCUUUAACUCCCAAGGAUUACACCGCACGGCACAAAUAUACCUUCGACAUCAUUGGCAAUGAAUUAACCCCCUCGGCGAAAUAUGACUUCAAGUUCAAAGAUUAUGCUUCUUGGGUGUUCAGAGAGCUUCGGGAAGAUUAUUUUCACCUGGAUCCCGCUGACUACCUCCUUUCUCUUACCUCGAAGUAUAUCCUCUCCGAACUUGGAAGUCCCGGCAAAUCAGGAUCAUUUUUCUACUUCUCCCGCGAUUACCGCUUCAUCAUCAAGACGAUCCAUCAUAACGAACACAAAUUCCUCCGUAAAAUCUUGCCCCUUUACUAUGAGCACGUUAGAACAAACCCGCAUACGUUACUAUCGAGGUUCUAUGGACUUCAUCGCGUCAAACUACCGCACGGUCGGAAGAUACACUUUGUGAUCAUGAAUAAUCUUUUUCCACCCCAUCGCGAUAUUCAUGAAACUUAUGAUCUCAAAGGCUCCACGGUCGGACGUGAAUACCCCGAAGAGAAGGCUCUGAACAAUUCUCGAGCCGUUCUAAAAGAUUUAAACUGGAUCAAUCGUGGGAGACAGCUCGAGCUUGGGCCCGAGAAGUGCGCUCUGUUGACUGAGCAGCUGCGCCGUGAUUCCGAAUUUCUCAAGAGGCUGAACGUUAUGGACUACAGCCUUCUCGUGGGGAUACAUAACAUGCAACGAGGGAAUAGGGACAACUUGCGGCGCAACACGCUGAGGGUUUUCCAGCCUGAUGUCUAUCAACACCUGGUACGGAGAAGACGAGCGUCGCAAUCUGGGAAAGACACCGCAACGGAUGCCAGCGUUGUGCGGCGUGUCAUGCGGCGGUCUGAUCUUCAAGCCAUUGGGACGACAGACUCGUCCCUGCUUCCAGAAGUGGACUCGACCGAUAGACGGCACUUUAUUUUCUACCAGGACGAAGGUGGAUUCCGAGCCACCGAUGAAGCUAAUAGACAGAUGGACACUAUUUAUUAUCUUGGAAUAAUCGACAUCUUGACACCAUACACCACUUUCAAGAAGCUGGAGCACGCAUGGAAAGGUCUUCAUGCCGAUAGGCACAAGAUCAGCCCGGUGCCAGCGGAGGAGUAUGGUAGCCGAUUUUUUGCUUUUCUCAAAUCUGUUAUGCGUGGCGGCGGCGGAGCUCAAUCGUUCAAAUAGCUUCGUCAGCUUCAUUAAUCGCCCCGGUUCGCUCGCUGCCCGGGUUCCCCCUCAAAAAGGAUCUUUGCGGUCCAUAUCACGUUCGUUUACUCUUUCCCGUCAUAUGUUGGACACUAUCUACUUCGUUCUCUAGCGCCCCUUGCUUUUGCUCAUUCUGUUGAUUAGAUCGACGCUCCUUCCAUUUUUUUUGUUUCUUGGUCUCGAUUUCAAAGGACUACAUCAAUUGUGCGGGUACUCAAGUGGUAUUAUAUCAAUGCGCCGAGUUGUGAUUACAUAUACAUAGUAUACAAAUGGAUAUGUGAAAUCAGCCAGGUA